GAUGACGAUGGAACAGAUGUUCCAUUACCCGACCAUGAAGAAAUUCGAAUAGCAAUUACCCGCUUGAAGAACAACAAAGCAGCGGGGGCCGAUAGAUUACCGGCAGAACUAUUCAAAUACGGCGGCGAAGAACUGAUAAGGUGCAUGCAUCAGCUUCUUUGCAGAAUAUGGUCGGAAGAAAGCAUGCCUGACGAUUGGAAUCUCAGUGUGCUCUGCCCAAUCCAUAAAAAGGGAGAUCCCACAAUCUGCGCCAAUUACCGUGGGAUCAGCCUCCUAAAUAUCGCAUACAAGGUUCUAUCGAGCGUACUGUGUGAAAGACUAAAGCCCACCGUCAACAAACUGAUUGGACCUUAUCAGUGUGGCUUUAGACCUGGAAAAUCGACAACUGACCAGAUAUUCACCAUGCGCCAAAUCUUGGAGAAGACCCGUGAAAAGAGGAUCGACACACACCACCUUUUUGUCGAUUUUAAAGCUGCUUUCGACAGCACGAAAAGGAGCUGCCUUUAUGCCGCGAUGUCUGAAUUUGGUAUCCCCGCAAAACUAAUACGGCUGUGUAAGUUGACGUUAGCAACACCAAAAGCUCCGUCAUGAUUGGGAAGGACCUCUCCGAACCCUUUGAUACCAAACGAGGUUUCAGACAAGGGGACUCACUAUCGUGCGACUUCUUUAACUUGAUGCUGGAAAAAAUAAUACGAGCUGCAGAGCUAAAUAGAAAAGGUACAAUCUUCUAUAAGAGUGUACAGCUGCUGGCAUACGCUGAUGAUAUUGAUAUCAUCGGAAGCAACAACCGCGCCGUUUGUUCUGGUUUUUCCCGCAUGGAUAAGGAAGCGAAGCGAAUGGGUCUGGAGGCGAAUGAGGACAAGACGAAAUAUCUCCUGUCAUCAAGCAAACAGUCGGCGCAUGCGCGUCUUGGCUCCCACGUCACUGUUGACAGUCAUAACUUCGAAGUCGUAGAUAAUUUCGUAUACCUGGGAACCAGUAUCAACAACACCAAAAAUGUCAGCCAACUGAUUUUACUUUGGACUGAGGAGGCAAUUGAAAAGUGAAGUCCUCUCUUGACGAACCAAAAUCAAACUCUACAAGUCGCUUAUCAUUCCAGUCCUGCUUUAUGGUGCAGAAGCUUGGACGAUGUCAACAUCAGAUGAGACGACACUAGGAGUUUUCCAGAAGAAAAUUUUGCGUAAGAUGCGAUGAGCGAUGAGGUGUACGAGUUAUACGGCGACAUUGACAUAGUUCAGCGAAUAAAAAGACAGUGGCUAUGCUGGCUAGGUCAUGUUGUGCGAAUGGACGAAAACACUCCAGCUCUGAAAGUGUUCGAUGCAGUACCCGCCGGAGGAAGCCGAGGAAGGGGAAGGCCUCCACUCCGUUGGAGGGACCAGGUGGAGAGCGACCAGGUUGCACUUGGGAUCUCCAAUUGGCGCUGAACUACGAAGGAAAGUGAGGGGCGCUAUCAUCGAUUUGGUUAUAACCGGCUAAACGGUUGCAAUGCCAAUCACAUACAUACAUACAUGAUUGAAAUGCAUAUUUUACAUUAGUUUUAAAAACUCAUACAGGAGUUCGAUUCUAUAUAAUAGUAAAUAUAUUUAUGAUAUAAUCCAGAAUAAUUAUAAUAAAGCGAUGCAGUAUGCUCCAAUUUUAUAAAAUUCGAUAUCGAUCGAAAUUUUCUACACUCCAAAAAAAAUCAUAAAAACACGUCGAACAUAUCGUUCAGAAAAAUUUAAUAAUGUGAAAAAAUCUAUGCAAAUCAAAGAAAUUAUUGUAAGUAAUGAAAACUAAUUUUGCCGAAGAAAUGAAUUUUGGUUUAAAACAUAAGAAGUUUAAAUCAAGUUCGAUAUACUUAAAGAUAAGCUUAAGCUAUUCAAUUUCAAGUAUGAGAAUAAAAGUUUUGAAUAUUUGAUUAUCAAAACAAUAAUACAAAUUGUAAUAUGAAUGUAUAACCACUGCUAUGCUUCAUUUCAUAAGUUUUCAAUAUAAUAUAUUAAUACAUUGUUUUCUUCACCCAUACUGAAUUCCAAAAUUUUCAUUGCUUACAACAAACCAGCAAUACUAUAUAUAUAUAUAUAUAUAUAUAUAUGUAUGUAUGUAUGUUGUAUGAAUUUGAAGGUGAAUAACCGCAACAAUCCCAGAGAACUCUUGUAGGCGCAAUCACACAAAUAAAAGCAAUUUGUGAAUAAUUUAUCAUAAUAAAUCAAACAUUGCCCGUCUCAAGCAUGAAUGGAGUUGCAAGAAUUGAUUAAAAUUUAGUACAAUGAACUCUGCCUGACUGCUUCAUUCAGAGAAAUCUCGUUGACACAGUGCAACUUUUGUAAUAAAAAUUAAUUACAUGAGAAUUAAUAAAGGAACAGUUUAAUAUUAAGAUAAUUAAAUUUGUCAAUUUUGCAAAUACAGACUCUUGAGUAAAAAAGCAUAUCGCACUUAUUGUCUGGAUUUUCAUAAUAAUAAUAAGUAUAAAAUUUGGGAAACUAUCUGGAUGUUAGUACUCAUUAUUUUAUAUUAGAUGAAAACACCAAAGUCCUUGAUUUGAUUCCAGUUUGAUAUCCCACACAUAGUUAGUAUAUACGUCCAUUACAUAUGUAUUUCAAGUUAAGUCACAAACGCGUGGCAAUACUGUGUGGAAUGAAUAUUCGUUAUCAAAACACAAUCCUUGUUGAAGCUUAAUGUUAAUCAAUGGAUUGUGAGCUAAAACACUAUGUCUGAGCUGAAGCAUGCUGCAAUGAAAGGAUUUCUUGGCUUUCUGUGCAUAUUACUCUCCUUUCUGUUUUGCAACCAAAUCCCACUUUUCAUCUGUUAUUGUGCAGCACAUAUUAUUCUUGUGUGGCAAAGCUUGUGUCAUCAAGCUCAAGUAUGCUCAGUUCAAUUGACUUGUUAUAUUAAAUGAAAAUAUUUGCAUGGACCAAAAGUCAACAGCUUGCAAUGUGGUCACACAUGUUAGUGAGAGUGCAUAUAUAAAGGAGAUUUGUAAAGGAGAGUAUGCACGUUGUACAUACUUAUGUACUGGUAUAAUAUGAUUCGCAAAUCACAAGCAAGAGUGUAAGAGUGUAAGGACUAAGGCUAAGGUUAAGCGUGGUAAUGCCACAGCAGCUGUUAUUGCGGUCAGUGACCGUCAAUUAAGUAAGCGUAAGAUUUUCAUUACAGAAUAUUCAUAUAUCCCAUAUGCAUUUGUUAUAUCCUUAAACGAAAGCACUUGAAUGUCAACGUAUUCUCCAUAUAGAAUGGUGUCGGCUAGACACAUAAUAAAGCUUAACUCAAAGGCAAGUAUUAUUUCACUAAAUACGAGUACAAAUGAAUGUUGAUAUGUUCGUUAAUGAAUGUAAAAAAUCUAUGGAUCUGAUGGAUACAUAUGUAUAUAAGAAUCAAAUGUGAUGUUAUAAUACUAUAUCAAUACCAUUAAAUAGUAAACGAACUUAGAAUGGUUGUAAGUCCUAAAACUAAACGAGUUAGAUAUAGGGUUAUAUAUAUCAAAAUGAUCAGGGUGACGAGUAAAGUUCAAAUCCCGAUGUCUGUCUGUCCGUCCGUCCGUAAAAAUUGAGAUAUUUUGAGGAAACUUGGAAGACGUAUUUCUUGGCGCCAUAAGAAGGUUAAGUUCGAAGAUGGUCGUAAUCGGACCCCUGCCACGCCCAAAAAAUUUCGAAAACCGAAAACAUAUAAAGAGCUAUUACUAAGCCAUAAAUUAAGCUAUGGAAGUAAGUUUUUUGUACAUAUCUCGCAUACUACUAAAGCUAUAUCAAGGAAACUUUCUAGAUUCGUUUCUUUUAGGUACUACCUUAUACAGUCCAAAAAUGGAGGAAAUCGGAUUAUAACCACGCCCACUUCCCAUACAAAGGUUAUGUUGAAAACUACUAAAAAUGCUUUAAUUCAGUAAGGAAAACCAACAGAAACCUUAAAUUUUAUUGUAAAGAAGGUGCAGAAGAGCUGCACUCAAAGUGAAAUACAAAAUUAAAUGGGCGUGGUUCCGCCUACGUAUGGGUCAAAAACCAUAUCUCCGAAACUACUCGACCAAUUUCAAUGAAAUUCGGUUCAUAAUAUCUUCCUACCUUCCCAAUGAUAUGUUGUGAAAAUAGUCUAAAUCGGUUCACAUAUCGGAACAGAACUUCGCUGAAAUUCUAUAUGAAAGUGUGCCAUCACCUUUCUAAAAAUCAUCGAAAUCGGUCCAUAAGUUUUCAAGACCCUAUAUAUCGAAUAUGAGGACCCCAAUAGUUCUAACAAAUUUUUUACCGAAAUUAUAGUUAAGUCUUUCAGAUAUUUUGAAGAAAUUCGGAGGGAAUAUUUUUCUUCUAAUAAUAUGUCUCCGUGCCAAAAAUGAGUAAAAUCGGGUCAUAACUUCCCUAUCACCCAUAUAACUAAUAUUAGGGUUUCCAACUUUCAAUGGACUUUAUACCAUAUAUAUGCCGAAUAUGUGAGUCAAAUUGUUUGUUAUAUUAAUAAAUUUAAAUAAAUAAAUUGCGAGAGUAUAAAAUGUUCGGUGACACCCGAACUUAUCCCUUCCUUACUUUUUUAUAAUUAUGAACAACAUCAAGGCGCAUAAAGUUUUUGACUUAAAUGGAAGGAAAAGUUAUAAACAGCCAUUCUUCAAACCACACAAUUCUAUACGCAUUAUUUUUCUGGCCAAAAUUGAAACUGUAACGAUUUUUAUUCAGUGUCGAUGAUGUACCUUUCCAGCUCUAAUUGAAUGGAUAGUUUCAAAUGUGUUUAUGCUUUUUAGAUAUUUUUCUGAAUCUUCAAUUUAAAACCUCCUACUUUUAACUCAAUAAAUAUUUUUAUUUUUUUAUUUAUUUAUUUUUAAAGCAAAUACAUUCUAAUUGUUUUGUCAACAUUUAUUCGACAACUUGUCUAUCAAUUAUUUAAUCUUCAUCAUUAUUAUGAUAUUUAUCGAAUAUAUAUGUGUAUGUGUAAGUAAAUCUAUACAAGCGUAUAUCCUUUCUGAAAUGAUUCAUCAAUUAUGCAUAGCAUGCAUUACAAUAUGUGCAAACACAAUGGACGAAGAGCGGAAAAAUUUAAUCAGCAGAAAGUUAAAGCAGCUACUCAGUAGCAGCUCAGCGAAACACAGAGUGUGAAAGAUAAAAACAUUGAAACGCUGAUCCUAAUACAAUUUGCUGUUAUGCAUAACGUUCCAUGUGUUUGUAUGUAUUCUGUAUUCGUGUGUCAAGCUGUUCAUAAGUGCACAGAUAAUGAUUUAUAGCUGGCACAAAUUACGCUUGAUAUACAUGUGUACUAUGUAUGUAUGUAUAUGUGUGGCUGCAAAUAACAUGUUGACGCUAACGUUAAUUCUUGUUGUCUGUAAACAGUCAUUCACACAUACACGCAUACAUAACGAGCACACCACAAAUGCUUUAUUAUUCAGUGCGUCACGUGGCCCCCUACACAAAUACUCCUUCAUUUGUCGCAACACAGACAUUAGCAUGUAUCAAUAUCAUAUUAAAUAUGCAUCAAAAAUCGUUCAAUUAGUUCGCCGCGUAGGCAACGAUUUGUAAUCAAUUAUGCUAUACAUACAUACAGACACAUCCGUAUGCAUAUAAGCGUUGUUUACAAAGGGAUUUAGCGAAAGGCAACAAUUGCAUGCAGCUAAUGUCGUUGGCAGUGUCAGGAAAUAAGCAUAGGAUAAUGACGCCGGGUGUAAGCAAAAGAAAAACACAAACUCAUUUAGCACUUUGUAAGCUGUAAAAAUUGGAGGUUAAUCAGGGCGCUUGACUUUUGCGCCCAUACACUGCAGCAUUACAAAGCAUAAAUAUAAAUAGGAUACAUUUUCCAAUCCUACUUAAUACCCUUAACAAUAAAUUUUCGAAACAGUUGAAAAAUUUAUAUAAUUUUAUAUUUAGUAUUAAAUUAAUUUUUGAAAUGUAGCUCUGGUAUGAAUUUUAGUGGCUAUAAGGAAUGUUAUAGCAAUGGACACUCGAUCUAUGUACCAAGACAGAGUACAGAGUUGGACGCAUGAACUAUUAACUGAGUAAUAUUUCUCCAAUUGUUUGCGAAUAUUUUUGCUUCUGAGACCACCACAACAAGAGUAAUAAUUUGAAAUACUUCAGAAUACAAUUCAAUAGAGUAUGGUAUUUCAUAAAAAAAAGUAAGAAACUAGUUUUACCUUUUUUUUGUUUUGAGACCCUCAACGUCCAUUCAUUUCCUCAACAUUACUUAUAUUGACAUUAUUUAGCACAGUAUAUUUGAAAUUUGUUUCUUAAUCGAAUACUAAGACAAAAUUUCCAAUCAAAUUCCAUCUCUUCGAAUCUGAAAGUAUAUUGUGUUGUUCACUUAGUAAUUUCAUUUGAUGACAACAGCUGAAUGAAUUUUUUCGCAGCCAACUUCACACUUAACAGCUUUACCGUUGUAUGGAACAGCUGGUUAUUGGAACAGCUGAGAUUGUGAGGCUUUAUUUUUGUAAAAAAUGUUGUUAAAUUUUUUUGAAAAGUUUUUGCAUUAUCAUUUUGUAUUGUACUGUUCAAAAUUGGAAAAAUACAGUUCAGACAAGACAAAACUUAUAUGACGGUACGGAGAAGCUGUAUUGAUCGAACGCCAAUGCUAUAAUUGAUUUGCAAAAUGGAGAAUAUAUUAUUUCUUGAAAUGUUUUACCUAAUAAAAAAACCGUAUUUAAAUUGCACUAAAAAACGAAAUUACUUCGUAAACGAUCCUAUAUACCAAAGAAAACUUUAAGGCUUUUUUAACCAACUAUUUGAAAAAAGGCCAUAAGUAUUAUUACCUAUAUGAAAUAGUAAUAAUGAAUACAUAUAUACAUUGGUCUACAACUUUGCUUUCCCCGUUUUUCAAUAGAUAUUUGUAGGGUCAAGCACUGGUCGAUUAAAUCGAUUUUUUUUUAUAUCGAUCUUGGACAUUUGUGUCAAAAUUAACCCAACAAAAUUUUGUAGAGAUCUGUUUGCAUCCCACACUUAUUCUCAACUGAAAAUGUCACUUUUUGAGUCGAAUUUUCAACAUUUGCGGGAAUGUCUCUAGGGUCAAGCACUGGUCGAUUAAAUCGAUUUUUUUUUAUAUUGAUCUUGGACAUUUGUGUCAACAUUAAAUUUUUUGUAGAGAUCUGUUUGCAUCCUAAACUUAUUCUUAACUGAAAAUGUCACUUUUUGAGCCGAUUUCUCGACAUUUGCGGGAAAUUUUGCUUUUAUUUUUAAUUCCAAGAAAAGUGAGGCUGAGGCUCAUCGAAUGCUUUCGGAUACGUACGGUGAGGCUGUCCUAAGUAAAAAAAAGCCUUAAAUUUACAAAAGAUGGCGGAGGCAAAAUUGUAGACCAUACAUAUAUUAUAAAAUUAGAAUAAUAAACAACAAUAUUAUAACAUUUUAUAUACGCUGAACAUUUAAAGCAUCGCUUCCCAUUGUCCCUUGUACAAUUCUUUGAAUUUAAGAUCAAAUUUUUGGAGCUUCCUUAACUAAAAACUAUUUGCAUGAAGAACGAUCUCAUGAGAAUUAUUAUUGUGAAUUUCUCAAUUUUUACGUUCAGUAUUUAAGGCAUUUAAUUACAUACAAGUACAUAUUUUUAGCAUUGAGUUAAACAGGCGUUCUCAAGGCCUCUGCGCCAUAUUUGCAAUAAUUACAGUGUGUUAGGUUUGCCCAUACAUUCACACAUAAAUAUGAAUGUACAUAUGCAGUAUUUUACGCCCUUGCAAUCGUUUCUACAGACUUAAUAGCUCAGAUGUACUUUUUUGGCAAACAUUUAAACCGAACGUCGCCAAGCUACACCCACAAAGAUUUUCUUGAUAACUCAACUAACAAUUGCGGUUUCGUAAUGCACUCGUGCAUAUAUUUACUUAUAAGUCUGGCUACACAUGUAUAUAAGUACAAUGUUAGUGGUGGGCGUGGCACUGAAUUACUGAUUGCCUGGUUUUUGGCUGCCUUGCAGACUUCACAGACCUUCUUCGCCAUAUUUGUGCAUACUACAUAUAUAAGUAAAUAUGUGUACAUAUGUGUGGUUGAGUGCUUGUUUACUCGUUAGUUUGUACUUGUUAAAGCGACAUUGGCAAUGGCAAUGACUGAGCCAAUUUCUGCUUUAGCCUUUCACUUGGCAUAGUUAGCGGUUUUUUUUGAUAAAUAAUAAACUUGGCACGAUGACAAAUCUAUGAUAAUUACCUCGGAAAAAAAUUCCCUUUUAUUUGGACUCCAAGAUCAAUUGCUUGCAUUGAUGUGUGUAAAAAAAUGUCGAUUGAAAUAUGAUAAAUUAAAUUAAUAAAAAAUAAAUUGUGUAUAUUAUACAAAUAUUAAUUACAGGGAAUAAUAUAGUUAAUGCGGUUAUUAAUGAAGGCAAUUCUUAAAAUUUAUUAUAGUUAUAAAUAUAAUAUGUAUUUCCGUAAUGUUCCAAAACUCGAAUGAGCUUUCCCAUGACUUCUAAGAAUAAUAACAAUUCGCUGAGGACCCGAUCUGGAGAAAACGUCGGAUGUAUUUUUACUGUAGUUUUCAAUUAUUUGUGAUACUGUUAAUUUCUCGAUGACAACAAUAUUGUCUUCUUCUGCAAAAGGGGCAAUUUUUUCGCGAUUCCAUUCUUCAAAUUUCCCAAUAAAGUUUGCCAGUUGGUUGUUGAUUGGGCUACGAAAUGAAAUAAUAUUCACAUUUCAUUCAUUAUCACAUUUCGAUGGAAAAAUUCGACAUAUCCAAACAUUGCUUUAAGCCAUCAAUUUUUUUACUCUCGCAACAAAAGUUGGUAGCAGAGUAUUAUAGUUUUGUUCACAUAACGGUUGUGUUCAAAUAUCAUUGAACAUGCAUUCUUUUAUGCCUUAGCAAAUCCGAGGAGGUACAUAUAAAAACAUAAAUUUGUAUACAUAAAUAAACACAUAAACAUAUAUGCAUUAAUAUGCAACAAGCAUACAUUAUAUGUUGCACGCAUACAUGCAACACACAUACAUUUAUAUGAGGCACACAUGCAUCUAUAUGCAACACGCAUGCACUCAACUAUUAAUAAACAAACAUAUUUAUAUGUAUGCACAAGAUAACCUAUUGGUUAUAAAAAUACAUUUGGGCAAUUGCUUGUGUGCAUUUGAAAUAACCCCUUAUCGUGCAACAUAUAAAAUAUACAUAUAGACAUACACACAUACACAUAUAAUUAGUUUCUUAAGAUAUAUUCAAAAAUUGUAUUUAAGCAGUGACAAAAUGAAAAUAAGACUAUCACUUAUUUUCCCCCACCAGCGGUAAGAAAUAUUUGAUAAAGCUAGUUUUAACAUUUGAGAAUGAAUUAAAUUCUCACUCAAUGCAAGUCUAUCAUUGCCCCCCACCAGCGGUAAGGUUUGUUAGAAACUACAUUGUUUUAUAAAAAUUGGUAGGCCGGAUGUUUUUUAAUAUUUGGUCCUAUCGAGCCUAUGAAAGAGCUCAGCCAAAACAAAAGUCCUGAAUUUAAUACAGGCAAAAUAUAAGCCCUGUUAGUCAUACAGGCAAAAUAAAAAGUCCUGUUAUUUAUACAGGCACCAUAAAAAGCCCUGCUAGUUAGACAGGCAAAAUAAAAAGCCCUGUUAUUUACACAGGCAAAAUAAAAAGACCUGUUAUUUACACAGGCAACAUUAAAGCCCUGUUUAUAAUUCAGGCAAAAUAAAAUAAUAAUUGUAAGACGGGUGCAUAUUCCCGCAUAUUAACAAUAUAAAAACAACAAUUUUUGUCGAGAGAAUAUAGCAAUAAGGUUCUACAAAAUGUGGAAGACUGAACCUAAAUACCAAUAUCUGGAUCGAAAAACGUCCAUGAUCAUGAGGAAAAUUGAAAUCUUUAAAAAUAAAAUGGAAAAUCUAAGUUUAGAAUUAACGAUAAAGAAUUAUCAACUAAGCUAUUUGCAAUCAUUAUACAAUGAUAUUCAGAAGAUGAAAAACGAAUUAGAUUUCAAUGAAGAAAUUGAAAUCAUAUAUGACCAAAUAGGUGAUGAAUUUUUUCAAGAGCUUUGUUAUUUUAAUCGACAAUCACAACAAGAAGAGCCAAAAAAUACUUUUCGAAGUAAUUUGGAUAAAGAAGAAUUUAUAAUAAUUCCAAAAUUCUCUUCAUCUACCACAACAAAGCUGGUUAAAACAAAACCAAUACAAAAAGAAAAAGAGGAAUUGAUAAAUAUUCCAAAUUUAAAAAAUAAAUUAAACCUAUCUCCAAACCUAUCUUCAGAAGUUGAACGAACUAAAGUUGAUAAAACAAGUGAUUCAGAAGAAGAAGAAUUUAUAAUUGUUCCCGAUCUCAAUCUAUUUUCUAAAACUAAGAAGAGACCAACUAAAUUAGUUGAAGAUAAGAAAGUAGAAGAAGAAGAUUUUAUAAUACUUCCAAAAUUCUCUCUAUCUUCUGCAAAUGAAUUGGUUAAAAAAACUAAAGUAGAAGAAGAAGAAGAGAAAGAAAGGAACGAAAACAAAAUUACAGAAAACAAAAUACAGGAAGAGACUACUGAACACCCUACUUCUGAGGAAAAAUCAACUGAAGUGGUUGAAACCUCAGAUGUAGACAUUCAUAAAAUUAAAAAUGAAACUGGAGAUCAAGAAGUCGAGAGCAAUAUUCUCGCCAAUGAGCAAAUAACCUGGCAUUUUUCUCCUCCGGCAGACCCACAUUUUGGAGAAAUAUGGGAAGCUGGCGUUACCGAUCAAACAUGCAAACUUUCAACGUUAUUAAAAUGCGGGGACACCAACUACUGUACUACAACAUUCGGAGACAUCACUUCAAUCGACAUACAAAUAUAUAAAAUGCAAAGCGACAUCAAUCCGAAGCUGGACCCGAUCGUGAAAACCAUAAAGGAAAUUACAGAAGACCAACUAACUGCUCUUCAAAUAAGUAAAAUAUACGACAAAGAAGAGCAAAGAAAGCUGCGAGAUGGCCUUGAGAAGAUCAGCAACAACAUACUAAAAUUAAUAUUAUUGAAUAUUUAUAAAAUUUAUACAGUCCACUAAUCUAAAAUAAUAAUUUCUUUCCCUCGGCAAUAUGUUCAAAUAUCAUUGAACAUGCAUUUUUUUAUGCCUUAGCAAAUUCGAGGAGCUACAUAUAAAAACAUAAAUUUGUAUACAUAAAUAAACACAUAAACAUAUAUGCAUUAAUAUGCAACAAGCAUACAUUAUAUGUUGCACGCAUACAUGCAACACACAUACAUUUAUAUGAGGCACACAUGCAUCUAUAUGCAACACGCAUGCACUCAACUAUUAAUAAACAAACAUAUUUAUAUGUAUGCACAAGAUAACCUAUUGGUUAUAAAAAUACAUUUGGGCAAUUGCUUGUGUGCAUUUGAAAUAACCCCUUAUCGUGCAACAUAUAAAAUAUACAUAUAGACAUACACACAUACACAUAUAAUUAGUUUCUUAAGAUAUAUUCAAAAAUUGUAUUUAAGCAGUGACAAAAUGAAAAUAAAACUAGAAUGAAAUAAUUUCUCAAAGGCUAGACUAUCAUUUAUUUUCCCCCACCAGCGGUAAGAAAUAUUUGACACAGCUAGUCUCAAUAGUUGUUUUGCAAGUCAUAAAAUUAAACGAGUUAGAUAUAGGGUUAUAUAUAUCAAAAUGAUCAGGGCAACAAGACGUGUCAAAAUCCGAAAAAAGCGAAAACCGAAAACACAUAAAAUGUCAUAACUAAGCCUUAAAUAAAGUUAUAAAAGUAAAAAUUAAAAAAAAAUCGACCGAUUUCAUUGAAAAUCGGUGUAUAAUAUUUUCUGACACCCUGAUAACACGAAUGAAAAAUCGGUUCACAAGGUAGCGUACUUCCCAUAUAACUCAAUUUUGAAUUCCAUCUUAUUCCUUCACUUUAUAAUAUAUACAUAAGUAACCAAUGAAGAUAGCUUUUAGAUAAAAGUAUACACAUUUGCAUGAACGCCUGUCCGAUACUCUGCUUUGAUCAAUAAUAAUAUAGUAGAUUUUUUUGUUUUUCACGUUGUUUCUAUCACGGGAUUUAGUAAAUAACUUACAAAGACUUGCUUUGUCUGGAGCAUAGUACUAUGAUAGUUUUUAGUAACAUCAGAAAUUCUCAGCCCAAAAAUGUGUUUUGUUAGCUUGCGAUCUUCUUUUUUACAUUUAUUUUAACUAAAAAUUAUAACUACAAACAAAUCGAUUUAAUACUGAAAAUAUCUUCUCAUAGAAACGAGAGGGCAAGACUAAGUUUAUAAGUUAGUUAAGUUUCAAUAAAAUUUAUGAUAAACCCAUAUUUAUAAAUAUUAAAAAAAAUAAAUAAAAUAAAAUAAAUAAUAAUAUAAUGAGAUAGUUAUUGCUAACAAUAAAUUAUGUCAUUAAAGUUUCGCAAUAUGACUUUAUGGAUAAAGUGAUUUUCAUCAUCAUACAAAAUUCCAUAAAGUCACUCAUACGACAUGGCACCUUAAAAUACAUGACCACAGAUAUAUUAAAUUCUUCGCACAGUUGUGUCGAAUGCAGACUUUUGUUGCACUUCGAGAAAGUCAUGUUAUGUGCACUUCCUUACCAAACCAAGCCGUGAACGCGCUCGCUGCAAAUGACAAUUAUUGCCACAACGACAUUGUACUCAAGGUCAAUGCCAGCUAACCAGUGAACAGUAAAACGAUUUACAGCUGCAUUCGCAAAAAUAAUGAAAAUACAAUAACAAUCUGUAACAAUAAUAACGGUAAAAGUAGAAUGAAUGAAUGGCUUUAAAAAGCAUUAAGGACAAAGCAGCAAAUAACCUCAAAGUGUAAUGCAGAUUAAGGUGGACUUACUCGCUGAAUACACUUGUGCGUUCUUAUAUAGAAAAUAUAUAUGUAUAGAUAUACUCGUAUAUGCAAUAUUCAUAUAUGUUUCGUAACAAUAGCAGCGUUGUUUGCUGCGCUUGUAAUUGUUUCUAUAUUGCAUUCUUGUUGUAUUUAUAUUGUGCAAAUUUCAAGCCCUGAUACGCUUUUUGUCUAAAUUUCAGCGCAACUUUGUUCUUUUCGCAACAAUUUCAUUUCUUAAAAUUCCCAUACAAAACCACUUCAAGCACAUACAUACAUAUAUAUGUAUACAAUUUGCAAUGUUUCUAAGCCGCCUAUAACAAUAGCGCGGCAUCUAAGCAUUGCAUGCAAUUCAACCGAGCUCUUUUGCCAUUUCCGGCACUUAUAACAAACAGCUUUACUGCUACUAAGCCACCCACAAACCUCCACUCUUUUCUAAGUUUCUGGUGGCGCUAUCAACAUAACGGCGUCGUCAGUGACAGUUCCAUUGUUGCUACAGCCCCUAUUAUAUAAGAGAAUUGCUAACAAGUUGCAACACACCCACUUGUUUAUAAGCGUUUAGUAAAUAAGCGUUUGCAUAUGAGGUCUACUAGUUACAUAUGAAUUUAGAGAGAAUUAUAAACGACAGAAAAUAAUAACAAUCUUGCUGUUUUCCGACAAAUUGAGAGUCCUACAAGUUUUGGGCUGCUUCCUAUCGGCUAUGGUUUAGAAAUAUUUUAUGUCUUAGUAGGAAGGAACUGAUGCAAAUAUUCGAUUCUACCAAUAAAAAUUCGAACAAUUUCGGAAACACUACUAUGCUGCCAGUCUAUGACUGGAUAUGAAUAGAGGUCCACUUUUAAUGAGUAUGUAUGUAUUGUCUUUGCCUCUGACUGUUUUUAAUAAUACAACAAACAACCUUAACUUUUCAAUGUUCGAAAAAUCCAUCCGUAAUACUUAUUCAUAUGGAUUUCGCUUUGAGUAUUCCAUCUAUAUUCAGUUCCGGAUUAUUUAGAUUUGUUGGUUUGAUCAAGACUUGGUAAAUUGCUAUUUGUCAUUCUAGAUAUAUAUCAUUUUAUUAAAAAAAAUAAUUACAGGAGAACUUCCUUAACUCGAUUUUCUAUAACUCGAAGAUCUCUAUAACUCGAACUAUUGAAUUGGCAAUAGAAGUCAAAUUUUCUUCCAUAAAUCGAACUUUUCGACCAGGGAAUCUUAAAAGAGGAAAUCUUAAAAGAGUCUCUCUAUAUCGUAUGGAGGCGAACAAAAAAUCCACAUAAACUUUUUACGUGUAGUACACUUAUGUCCAGUACUUAACUUUUCUAUUCAAAAUAAUUUCCUACAACCCUGACAGUUGUAUAACAUAUGAUAGACAUAUAUAUAUUAUAUCGGCCGCAUGUACAUGAAUAUUUGUAAGCCUAUAAUUCUUUGAUUUUAUAUGGGAAUAUGCAAAUGUUUUUUUCUUUCUUCUCCCCUUUCAGUUUUCAUAUUAAUUGUUGAAUUUUUCCAGACCCUCUCCUACAUACGCGUAUAUGCUUUAGUAUUUUUUAUAUACUAUAGGCUCAAUGUCUGUAUUUCUUUAUACAUAUAUGUAUAUACAGUAUAUAUGUAUGUACACUGUAUGAAUUACAUUUUUUGCCGUCACACUAUCGUUUUGUCAUUAUAUUUAGUUUCUGUUGUUGUAAUUGUACCCAUUACAGUUAAGCUGGUCUCAUAGUGUUCAGAAAACAACAGCACUCUUGUUCUGACGUUGAGUGAGUGCUCAGUUUCAUAAUGAUUUAAUGACUAAAAGAUGAGUAGAAAAAACUUGUGCGGAAAAGUGUUUUUAAUAGCCUCAAAUGUGCGUGGUUGUCAGUGGGUUAUUUAAACGACUAGGAACUACGAGUAUUUGCGUACUUUUGAAAAAGCGCUAAAGUUGGGAUUAAGCGAGAGAAUUAAGAAUUUUAUUUACAGAUUGCUUUAACUACAUACAUAUAUUGUGAAACAUUGUAAGUAACAGUAACUAGUAACAGUUAUAGAAACAGUAUUCAAACGAAAAUUGUUCAUUAUUAAUAAAAUUGUAUAUGGAUAUCUUUCUCAAAUAUCUCUAUAAGAAGUCUUAAAAGAUUAAAACUUUAAGUCAGGACUCUUACAAAAUUUAUAGUAAAACCUCUCAGGAUCUAAAAAAUAAUUGCCUAAUCUCGAUAAUGUAAAAUGUUCCAUACAAAAAGAAUUAUUAAGAAUUAUUUAAAGAGGUUAGUUCAUUCUAGGGUAGUUCCAACGAUUGCUAAGAAUCUCAAUUAGACAACUUCAACCUAACAGAUCAAAAUACUCUCACGAUUCGACAAGACGCUUGGACUCUAUUACAUAGUUCUUAUGUCGGCUUAUGGUAAUUCCAGUCAAUUCGCUGGAUCCGCCGAAGGUGUGCCUACCUAGAUAUUUUAGCCUUAGUUAGGCGAAUUCUUGAUAUUGAGAUUCUAGGUCUAACCUUGACAAUUUAUUUGGGGAGUAAGGAAAAAGGAAUCCAAUUUCUCUAAAUCAUGACUAUGAAAUAUGUAUAUAUCUAUAAUAUAAAAAUGAAUCACAAAAUGUGUUGCUAAGCGCAUAACUCGAGAACCACUGAACCGAUUUCGCAAAUUCUUUGUUUAGAAUGUUUUCAGAAGUACCGGGAUGGUUCUUACGGAGAGAAAAAUUGCCUGAAAAACUCUUAAAUUCACAAUUUUCUAAUCACCCAUACAAACAAUUUGUGUCGUUAGUCUCGAAAAAAGUCGAUAAGGGCCAAACCGAUCUGGCUAAUUUUAGUUUUGAGAUAUUUAUGGAAGACCAGGGAAGGAUUAGAAAGUACGUAUAUAUCGAAAAAUUGUGAGAAAUUGAUGAUUUACGCUUAACACAGAUACUCAAUAAUGUCUCUCAAUCAUUUUAAAAUUUAUCGGCUAUAACGUUUUCGUCUUUAUGCGUAAGAAAUAUUUCUCUGCAUUGAAAUAUUUCCUAAUUUAAUGUAUAGUAUACCUUAGCCACAAAAACGAGUGGCCGGGUCUGCUAGUUGGAUUAUAUAAAAGGAUUCUCAUAUUGACAUAUUCUAUGAAAAUGGGGGCUUCUCAGCCUAUCUUCACAAUCACCUUUUUCAAGAGGCGAAGUUGAUUCCAUAGGUCUCUUCAUAUAAAAUAAUCGCCUCUUAAAAAUAACAAUUCAUUUAAUUUCAUGUGGAUUAGUGCAAUACCGAGGUCCAUCGUCACCUUAUUGGAAAUAUGUAUUUUCAAGAAAGUCCAUUUAAAAUAGAAAACUGUUAUUAAAAAUAAGCCCAAGAAAAAGCUUGGAAAUUACGGCUAAUUCCAAAACAAUUUCCGAUUCUUCCUAAUUUUAAUCAACGUAAAAUAAAAUUCAUCGAAGAAUUGAAAAAUAUAAGAUUAGUGUUUGAAUAUGUUAUUUCUGGUAAGAAAAUUUUUUUCAACAAAAAAUGUUCAACAAUAUUCGCUCCACUGGAAAAAUGUCCAAUAAUAUACUGCCUUGAAGCUCUUAAGGCUCAUGAUGUUUACACAAGCAGAACUUAUUUCCGAACUUAUAAAUUCUGAGUAUUCUGCAAGUUUUCAGUGAGAAAACUUAAAAUGUUUCGUGCACUACUCGGAAAAAAUAUAUACAGUAUAAUAUCACUCUAAUUACUAUUACAAAAUGCUAUUCAAUUAAUUCUUAUCAAUUUCAUCUUGUUUAAUUUCAU